AAAAUAUUGUGUCGAUAGUAAUGUCUCCCUUAACAAUUUAAUGUGGCGGCAUUUUGUGUACUCACUGGCGGCGCUUUUGUUUUGGUGCGCUUAAGUCUUGUGAAAUUUACUUUAAUUACAAUACAAAUGUACCAGCAGCAUGCCAAGCAGCUCGAAAAAUUCGGAUGCAGCUGAUAUGAAGACGCCCACUCGGGCGUACAACAGCAGCAGCAGCAGCAGUAGUGUCCAAUCAACGCCAACAGGCAGCUGCCGGCUGAGACAGGCACGCAAAAGACGUCGCAUCGAAAAGGAGAAUCCACAGCAACGUAGACCCAGUCUCGACUCACAACUGGGAGAUUGUAACAUAGAAGAUGCCAAAGAGAUUGAUCGACGGCUUCGCAAGGUGGCACGAGCCAAUGCAAUUAGCAGCGAGGACAUGCACAAAGUCGUGCGCAGAGUCGUGCGGAAUGAACAUGUUCUUGCCCUGGUUACACUGAAAGCUGAGGACGAGUUGGCCCGGGAGAAACGCGAGGCAGCAACAUUUAAAGAAGAAGAGCUGCAGCAGCAGCGAGGAGCCAUCAUUAUCACAGAGACGCCCUCGGUGCCAAAAUUAACUCGCGCUAAAGCUCGCGAGCUGAAUCGAACUCCGGGCAUAACGCUUCCGCAUUUGAAUGAGACACCUUUGAAUGAGAUUGAGGUGCUAAUACGGGACGAUCUGCACUCGGACGAGGAGGACGAGGAGUACACCUUCAAGGAGGACGAUUUUCAUUCAGAUGAAGAUCCAAAUACCACGGCCUCUGAUUUCGAUUCGAAUCCCUGCACACCGCAAACCCCACUGACUGCCACUGAGGAGUCGCCGGUCAAAUUCACCUCCGAUGGCUGCUUUAAGCUACCACCCGACAAAAAUUCAGAAGAUCCACGCAUUGCGACACGCACGCGUUCGAAAUUCUGUUUGCAGCAGACAACAAUCGAGGAUUUGCAAUCAGAGUUUAUACCACCAGAUGUGGAACAGAGCGAUGUGCUCGAAUAUGAUAUGACGGCCAAUGAUGCCGAGUGGAUGCAGUUUCUCACUGACUUCUCUAAGCCGUUAAACAACAGUUUCCUGGGCGAUGAUGAUGAUCCGAUCAACGAUCCUGAGUAUGUUGCCGCUGAGAUGGUGCCUGUGGAUGCGGAAGAGUUGCGGGAUGUGAAUAUCUCGAAAAAAGAGCUUACGGAUUUGGUCUCUGAACUGUUUGCUGGCCUGUUGCAGGAGGGAGUGUCGCUGGACUCCAUUGAAUUGGAGACGCCACAAAAGUUCCUGCACCAACAGGAAAUACUUCCUGCUUCACCAGUCUCUGCUCCGCCAGCCCCAGUCCAGCUGCCCAUGGAUCCUAUUGAGCAAGUAACUCGUCAAAUAGAUUUUGAUGUGCAGGGCACAGUAGAUGCUGCGGAUGUAACCAUGGCAGCUCAACCGGGAUUAGACAGGUUUCAGCCUCAGUUGAUGUCUACGCCGAGCACAAUGCCUGCCUUAGUAUCGGUGCCCAUAGCUGAGAAUUCUUUGAAUGGCAGCCACUUUGAUGCCUCCUAUACGGUGGUCAACAUUUCGGCUGAUGCAAUUGGACAACCUCCAGAAUUGAUAGCUGUGCCCCUCCCGGGCCAACCCAAUUGUUUUCAGCUGGCCAAGGUGUUAACGGCAGACAGUGGAUAUCAGCUACAAGUUACUGCUCCUACUUCUGCGCCUGCUGCUGCUGCUCCUUCCCCAGAUCCUGUCCCAUUUGCUUAUCCGGAACCCUAUGACAUCAACUUCUCUUGCAAAUAUCUGUCGAUCCGCAGGCAUUUGCACUCCGAGUACGAGGCGUAUUUUGAGAGCUUGCGUCAUGUAAAGCCAACUCCGGUGGAACCACCGAGCAACGCCAAAGGAUUUACACAGAUGCAGCAUGAUCUUCUCCAGCAACAACUACGCAUACACACCCAAAUGCUGACGCAGACCUUUCUGCAGACUUAUUCGCAUCCGUUGCUCUAUGGGAUGGCGAAUAAGCCAAAACAAAUGUUGCAGGAGCUGCAGCAGCAUGCUGUAAAGGAUGCCAGCUUUAAUUGCUGGAAUCUGAAUGGGGCUAUGGAGCUGAUCAAUAAAUGGGAACACGAUCUCAGCAGCGAUGAAUACAAGGAGCAGAACCAAAAGAUGAUGCGUUUUAUACACAAGGAGGCGGAACUAACUGACGGACAUACCCGUCAAGUGCCACGCCUGCCGCCCCGCAUCAUGGAUCUCAUGCUCGACAGCAAAGUCUUUAUGUAUCCCCAGUAUUUGCCACGCAUGGCUUUUCAGCCACGAACUGUCCAGUUCGCUGCCUAUGCCCCAUCGGAAUAUCAGCUCAUCGCAAUGGGUCUUGAGAAACAUCUGACGGCGAUCAAGUGUGCCGAUAUACCGUUGCGGAAGGGCGCAGAUCCCAUACGCAUUGCGUGUAAGCGCAUGGUCAAGGAUCUGAUACAUGGCAAGCAGGCACGCCGACUGUUUGUCAAGAUCAAGGAGCUCUGCGACUUGGAGCAAUAUAAUCCUGUUAAAUAUUACUUUGACAACGAACGAGCACCCCCUGUCAAUCAAAUACUGCUGGGAUUCGAGGGCGGUACUGUGCGUACGCCGCGGGAACAAUACUAUACGCUGCCCAGUUGCUGGAAGUAUUACAUUGAGAAAAACUGGACUAACGACAAACGUGCCCCCCGCAGCAACAAUAAACACAUUUCAUCACGUGCCUCAUCAGCAGCGAGUGCAUCAUAUUUGGAGUUUGUUCGCGAGGCGGUGGGAGAAGAUUUAUUGUUGCCCGAGAGUUUAGGCGAGGCUGCGGCGCCACAUGGCAGUGCCACGGGCUUGGCUCAGUCAACCACACACACACAAACCAAAGCAGAAGGGAGCAGCACAUCUAAGUCAAUACGCAAACGUUCCAGCCGAUCCGAAGAACGGAAUUUGUCCUCGCUGACCAUUAAUGUUAAUUACGUGUUUGGCAGCGAUUUAGGAGUCAAUUCCUUCAAAGCCGGCGUCUCUGUGCCAUUUCAGCCUGCGGAUUACUCCAGCAAUGUGGAGAACAUAAAUCGUACACUCCACACAAGCAGCGAGUGCAGCGUAUUAGCGCUGCCGCCACCGUUGCCGCCACUACCAAAGAAUGCACCGCCCGCUGUAAAUCUUUGUUUUGAUGCUGAAUCAAAAACUGUUAAGAUCCUAGAAUUGGACAAAUCUGCAGAGCAAAAGAGCGAGGAGCAAAAGACUGACAGCUUUAGCAGCCCUGCAGGCAGUGCCAAACGAGCUCGUUGUCGGAUUUAUAAGCGUUUGGUUGUGGCACGCCCGCAUCGACCACGCGGCUUAGCCUCAGCAUCAACAUCGCCAUCUGUGCCGCGCUGUCGCUACCACGUGUUGCGGCAGCGAUUACGCCAUAAGCUGCGGCAGCGCUGCCAAACGCUUAUCACCUCCUACGCCAACUACCUGCAGCAGCAGAGCAAACUCUACGUGCACUCACCGCCUGUGCAGCACUAUCACAGACGUUUCUUUGCUCUUGAACUGUACACACAGCUACUGGUGGAUUUGAAGAUGUUUUGCGAAAACAAGAGUACGACAGAAGCUACCCCGCAGCAAAAGCGUCAGCGUAGCGAGGAGGCGGCCCGCAAUCGACGAGCCAAUCGGCAAGAGGAGAUGUUGCGGCAUAUGCUACAGCCGGAUAGUCCAGAAGAGCGUAAUCGCAAGGAUGCCACUUUUGCCUACAACUUCUACGAGAAAGUAGAGGAGGCAUUACUGUCCUCUAAUCGCAUGGACGAUUGCCACAAGUUCAACCAUCUGCUGCAAACUUUCGAUCCCAAGCAGGAUAAGGUUGCGGAUUUGUAUUUGAAAGUGGAAAAAUUAUUGCUGCCCGAUUAUCCAGAGCUGGCGGAGGUAUUUCUUAACUUUUUGCUACCUGCAGAAGCCGCUGAGCUCGGAAAAUUUUUUGAGUACUUCAUGAUCACCAACGCGAGCAACUUUAUUAAUAAGCUGAAUAUAUACUUUUGUAAGCAGCCAGCACAAAUACGCAAGAUAUAUGCCUGCCUCAGCGAACUAGCCGAGAUACCCAACGUGAGCAUGAAAAAGGUUGAGGCAAAGAUUCUGCCUCUGCUCAAAGGCAAUCAGUUCUUAUGCGAUUGGUUUGUUCAGCAAUUCCCACAGGCCAAGCCACCAAAGCGGGUGCUGCCGCCUGCGGAGACCAUGAAUUUGCACGAGGUACUCGGCAACACGAAUGGCUUAUUUGCAGAAACUAUACAAGAUCUGCACGAUGAUACGCCGCCGCAGGGCAAACCGCCGGGCUGUCAAUUAAAAUAUCUCAACGGGCGCAUCUUUUAUGGCGCUAGGGCUAUGUUGCCCGCUAAAUUAUCUUUUCGGGCUGCCAAUCUCUAUAAUGAGCAAUGUCACGAGCCUCUCAGCAGCAGCUUGACCUGUGCCCAUGGCGUGCGCGUCCAGGGCGAGAAGUUGAUCAGCGCUGCCAUAACUGUGGAUAGCGAUGAUGCAGCUGAGCGAAGUGAAGAGGAUGAUGCCAGUCGUACAUUAGUAAUAGAUACCACCACUGGGGACGAGGAGAAUAGCAGCUCAUCGCUGGACAUGUGUGAUGAUGUGGCCCUGAGGGCACAUGCAAUGCGACUGAAUGCCAGUUAUUAUAGCAGUAGCAACAAUAAUAAUGUGAAUAGCAGCACGCCUAAUGUGGGUCAUUAUCAUGGCCAUCACCACGCGCAUGCAAAGAAGACGGCCAUUAACUUUGGCGAAACAUCUCCUCGUCGUCAGGCGGCAAAUAAUAUGUCUCCGUUAUCAGGGCUCAGUCCUUUGCUUGCAACAGCAAGUGGCGCCUCGCCCCAGCUGGACAAGCGCAAAUCGCCAAGCAAAAAGGUGCGUUCGCCUUCAAAUCAGAACCAAGCACGUCCACGCUACAAUGUUCAGCCCAUGGUGGUAAUACAUGAGUCGGCAGCGCGUGCGCCGGCGCCUGCCUCGCCGGCCAUUGAGUUUGCCAAGCGGCUGCGAACACUGAUUAGUCAGGACAGCAGUGAGCCAGACAACAAGGCUAGCAUACAAAUCAUAGCGCAAGCCAAGCAGCCAAGUACUUCAGCAUCUGAUGCCAAGAUGGAACUCAGCUCGCAGGAUAAUAAAGAGUUUUUGGCUGUGGAUGCAACUGAUGGCCUGGAUUCUGAUCUGUCGCUGUCCCAGCAACCGUUUCCCGCCAUUAAAAUGGACAUUGAACAGUCCAACGAUGAAUUGGCGAGCUCAGGGAGUACGCCACAGCAUGUGAUAACGACACAGUUCGACAGCGAUGAAGACUGCAAACUAGACGUGGUGGCUAGUCUGGCCAACUGCGUUGAGCCAGAGACGGAAACAACGACUAAGCCAGAAGCCAGCAUAUUCAAACCACCGCCUGUGCCGCCCAGCAUAACGACAGCUUGGACGCGUGAAGAGGACAAAGUGAUACUCAUUGAGAUGAAGCGUGGUGCCCGGGAUCGUCAGCAUCUAAUUAAGCGCAUGGGCGCAAAGCUAAAAAACCGCAAUGAGCUCGAGAUCCGAACACGUCAUCAAUUUUUAAUGGACUUCCUAUCAAAGCUGCAGGGCAAAUAAAACACUGCGACUAGAGAUAGUUGCUUUUAGUUGGAUUUGAUAUUUAUAUCAGAGAUUUCUUUUACGAUCAACAUCAAUUGUUCUUGUCAUGGUAUGAAUCCAAUAGCUAAACAUCAUUGUAAAUAAAUUUUAACAUUCAGUUUAGGGUCACAACUCAUUACAAAUUAGUUUAACAUGAAUGAC